AUCAGAGCGGGAGCAGCAGCAGCAGCGAGCGGAGGCAGGAAGGCGGGCUGGGGGGCCGCCGCCGCCGCCUCUCCCAGGAGCCCGCCCGCCGCCUGCCCGGCUUGCUGGAGCCGAGAAGCCGCCCGACCCGCGAAGGCAGAGCCGCCUGCCAUGUCCCGGGGAGCCCGAGCGCCGCCGCUGCCGCGCAAGAAAAGCCCGGCGCCGCUGGCCAGGCUUUGAGGGAGACCGGGAGCCUUAGGCGGAGAGCGAGCGGCUCCCCCGACGCGCUCUGCUAGGCGAUCGCCCGCCGCCCUCGUGCCCAGCUGAGCCACCCUCGCGGCUCGUCCUCCUGCGAGGGGGCGGACGGCGCUCCGAGGAUUCCCUGCCCGGGAGGUGGCGGAGCCCUCGGGAAGGAGAGAGAGGCGCCGAGCUGCGUUGUUGGACGGCGGCGAGCGAGAGCCGAGCAACAGAGAGGGCAUUGGGGGGGGGCGGGGUGUCCCUCGCCAGAUGGCACACCGAAGGGGCGAGCGGAGGAGGCGGAGGCGGCUGCAGUAGCUGGAAGGCAGCUCAGGGAAGAGGAGGAGGGAAAAGGCGACGAAGACAGCAAGGGAGCAGCGCCUGGCCACUCGCCCGCCGUCGAGGAAGGGACCCAGCUGAUCCCCGGCGCCCAGCCUCGCUGCGCACUGCCCCACCUGGGACCUGGCGCUGCUGGCUUCACCCCAUGGCCCCGACACAGUGCCAGGCCUGAAGGGGCAGCGAGAAUGAGGCCACGUCCAACGGCAGCCAGGCUUCUGCCCGGGCAAGCGGAGGGCGGCGGCCGCAGCGACAGCAGCAGCCGGUGAGCAGAGAGCCCGGCGCCCGGCGUGUGGAGCGCCAUUUACCAAAGAGCCGGAGAGUAGGCGCGCUAGCCAAGCGCCGACGCCCGCUUUCCUCCGACGCCGCUUUUGGAUCAGGAGCCACGCUUGGAGGGGCUCCGGAAAGGAGACGGACAGCUCCUCUCCCAAGGCAGGCGGGCGGAAGGGACCGCUAGGCAGGGCGCGCCGCUGGGACGUCGAGGGGCGCAUCGGGCAUCGACAGGACUCGGAUCGCACCUGCUCAGGGCGCCCCCUCGCCCCAGUCGAUGAGCCUCUUGGGGGCCCGGAAACCCCGUUUGGAUUAACUGGUUCCCCUCCCUCUCUUUUUUCUGUCUUUCUUUCUCCCCAUCCCCCUUUUUGGGUUCUCCGGGAACUGUCCGACGCCUGACCACCUUCCUCGACUUCUCCUGGGACUAUUACCUCACCUCACCUCGCCACCGACCUCAGGACUGUAGUACGGAGACCAAGGCAGCAACGAUGCCUGACUCACCGGCCGACGUGAAGACGCAGUCCCGAUCCACGCCCCCCAACAUGCCACCGCCGUCACCAGCUGUCACGCAGGGAGCAACGCGACACCCCACCUUCACACCAAACCCUAAUCGUGAAGCUGGGCCGCCGAUGUUUCUGCCCCGCGGCCGUUUUCAUGGUUGCUUGAAAUGGUCCAUGGUCUGUCUCUUAAUGAAUGGAAGCAGCCACUCCCCGACGGCGAUUAACGGAGCACCCUCCACCCCCAAUGGCUUCAGCAAUGGGCCUGCGACUUCCUCCACGGCCUCGCUGUCCAACCACCAACUCCCUCCGGCCUGCGGGGCACGCCAGUUGAGCAAACUGAAGCGCUUCCUGACCACGCUGCAGCAGUUCGGCAAUGACAUCUCACCAGAGAUCGGGGAGCGCGUUCGUGCCCUGGUGCUGGGCCUCGUGAAUUCCACGCUGACCAUUGAGGAAUUCCACUCCAAGCUCCAGGAGGCCACAAACUUCCCUCUGCGUCCUUUCGUCAUCCCAUUCUUGAAGGCCAACUUGCCUUUGCUGCAGCGCGAGCUCCUCCACUGCGCCCGCAUGGCCAAGCAGACGCCUGCACAAUACCUGGCGCAGCACGAGCAGCUCCUCCUGGAUGCCAACGCCUCCUCCCCCAUUGACUCCUCAGAGCUGCUCUUGGAGGUCAGCGAGGGGGGCAAAAGAAGGACACCAGACAGGACCAAAGACAAUGGCUUGGACCGUGACCCUCUGCACCCAGAACACCUCACCAAAAGGCCAUGCACGAUGAGCCCCGCCCAGCGCUACAGUCCCAGCAAUGGGAUCAGCCACCAGCCCAAUGGGCUGCCCCACCCCACGCCUCCCCCUCCCCAGCACUACCGCCUCGAGGACAUGGCCAUAGCACACCACUACCGGGACGCCUACCGGCACCCUGACCCUCGGGAGCUGAGGGAACGCCACCGGCAAGCUGCUGUGCACAGUUCCCGGCAAGAGGAAGUCAUCGACCACAGGCUAACGGACAGAGAGUGGGCCGAAGAGUGGAAGCACCUCAACAAUCAGCUGCUGAAUUGCAUCAUGGACAUGGUGGAGAAGACCCGCCGCUCGCUCACCGUGCUUCGCCGCUGCCAGGAAGCCGACCGCGAGGAGCUGAACCACUGGAUCCGUCGCUACAGUGAUGCCGAGGACAUGAAGAAGGGGCCCAGCCCUGCCACACGACCUCACAAUAGCACUGCCAACACCGAGGCGUCCCCUCUAGAUGCUCACCGCGAGUUUGUAUCCAGGCCCCUGUCUGGCUACAUGCCGGAGGAAAUCUGGAGGAAAGCUGAAGAAGCUGUGAACGAGGUGAAGCGGCAGGCCAUGUCCGAGCUCCAGAAGGCCGUGUCCGACGCAGAGAGGAAAGCCCACGAGCUGAUCACGACGGAGCGAGCCAAGAUGGAGCGAGCCCUGGCGGAAGCCAAGCGCCAGGCCUCCGAGGAUGCGCUGACCGUCAUUAACCAGCAGGAGGACUCCAGUGAGAGCUGUUGGAACUGCGGGCGCAAGGCAAGCGAGACCUGCAGCGGAUGCAACACGGCGCGCUACUGCGGCUCAUUCUGCCAGCACAAAGAUUGGGAGAAGCAUCACCACGUUUGUGGGCAGACUCUCCAAGGCCUCCCGGCCUCUGCCGGGGCAGCCUCUUCAGGGCUGGGCGUAGUGUCGGCUCAGCCAGACAUGGUGGCUGUGAGUACCUCCAUCACCAGCGUAGCUGUGGCAGGCAGCCCCAGCGAUUCCGGCUCGGCCGCCGCCUCGCGUUCCGGCACGCCGGCCACGCCAGCUCCUCUGGACACGGCAUCCCGCUAAGGCGGGCGGAAGGGGAAAGGGAACCGAGGAGCCGACCAACAACUGUCACUGCUGCUACCACUUCUCUCCAAAUGAAAACAAAAAAAAAA